AUGAAAGAAAAUCAAACAAUAGAAUCCCUUACGAAAUUACUUAAAGACGUUAAUUGUCCUAGUAUCACAGCUGAAGUUUUGUUGACCAAUGGAUUUCAAACUCUUCAUGAUAUUAAUAGUGCUCUCAAAUUGGACAAUUUAUUUCCUCUUAUCAAUAUGGGGUUCAAAUAUGGAGACAUUAUCAGGCUCAAAAACUAUCUUAAAAACAAAGAAUCAGAUUUGAAAUUCACAGCACCUUGCACUCCACUUUCGAUUUAUAAAUCUUUAUCGAUCCAUCCUAAAUCUGUAAAAAUUAUAGCAAAUGACAAAGAAGGAGAAGAGAAGUACAUUCGAGAAGACCAACAAAUGAAACCUGGGGAAUAUCAUAUCGUGGAAGUACAUGACUCAUUCUCAGUCAAACUCUUAUGGUGGAAGAAGGAAAUACAAAUUUCGGAGAUUGAAACGAAACCAUUAAUGAAAACAAUAUUGGAAAUUUUUGGCUUUCCUCACGUAAAUCCUUCCAAAGUGUCUUUAAUAGGACCAGACCAAAAAGAUUUCUCAUCUUCUUUGUCUGCGGGUAGUCUUACCAAUUGCGUUCUACGAUCUCAAAAUGAGAAAACUCUUAUUCGUUUCUAA